AUUAUCGUUAAAUGCUUAGUCACCACGUUACUACAUUACUCCAAGGUGAUAUUUUAUACCGUUACAUAGGAACCGUUUAAGAAGCUACUGCUACUACUACUACUCUUUCUACUGCUACCUCUACUAUUUGGUUGCAACGAUGUCAGAGCUAAGGAGGGACACCUGAACGCAACAAAAGUUCAGUCUGCAGAGUUGUGACAUCUGUGGCCAUGGAGGAAAAACAGAGCAUUACGGACACACAGUUUUCUCCAGACCCAGGGGGAGCAGGAACAACACAACAAGAUGCCCCACGUGACCAAAACCCAGAGGAAAUUAUCAGCAGGCAGUUGGCAGAGCAGAGCCGCUUUGCUUAUGCUGCCCUGUGCAGCGUCUCACUGGGCCAGUUGUUUACUGGACCUGAAAACAGUGUGUUCAGGGAGCAGUAUCUGCAGGGCCUGGUCCGCUGGCUGGACCUGGAUGAGUCGGUGAUGCCGGUCAUGGGGGCUUUCCUGUCAGGCCUGGGCUUCGAGGGCUGCGACACCUUCCUGUCCAUUCUACAAGCCGACCCGCUGCUGGCUGCGGGGGCUACGCCAAUCAUACAGAGUCUGGUGUCUUUUUCUGUCAAAGAUGGCCAGUACGACGCCAGAGCGAGGGUCCUCAUCCGUCAUGUCAGCUGUCUGCUGCGAGUCUGUCCACAGCAGCUGGAGGAGUUUGAGGGAACACUGGUGGAGAAGCUGGGUAAAGGAGGAGAGGAGAGCGAAGAGGAGUCCUCUCGGCGACAAAGGAGAGAAAGAGGGCGAAAGUUACAACGCUACCUCCUCAUAGGACUCGCCACCGUGGGUGGAGGAACUGUGAUUGGUGUGACAGGUGGGCUGGCUGCCCCUUUGGUGGCAGCAGGGGCCAGUGCUGUGCUGGGGGCUGGAGGGGCCGCUGCUCUGGGCUCAGCCACUGGCAUUGCAAUCAUGGCCUCCCUAUUUGGAGCAGCAGGAGCUGGACUGACUGGCUACAAGAUGAAUAAAUGUGUUGGGGCGAUAGAGGAAUUUGAAUUCUUGCCUCUGCGCUCCGGUAAGCAUCUUCACCUGACCAUCGCGGUGACUGGUUGGCUCUGCAGUGGUAAAUACAGUUCGUUCCAAGCGCCAUGGUGCAGCCUAGGCGAGUGCGGGGAGCAGUACUGCCUGGUGUGGGAGUCACGUUUUCUCAGGGAUCUGGGCUCAGCCAUGGCCUCUCUGUUGGAUGGGCUGGUCAGCAUUGUGGCUCAAGAAGCACUCAAGUACACAGUACUCUCAGGUAUUGUGGCGGCUCUGACUUGGCCUGCGUCUCUGCUGGCAGCAGCCAGCGUCAUUGACAACCCCUGGUGUGUUUGUCUGAACCGUUCAGCUGAGGUGGGGAAACACCUAGCACAGGUGUUGAGAAGCAGACAGCAGGGGAAGCGGCCCGUCAGUCUCAUCGGGUUCAGUCUUGGAGCCAGAGUUAUCUACUACUGUCUACAGGAGCUUGCCAAUGACAAAGGUAGUGAAGGAGUAGUGGAGGAUGUAGUCCUCCUGGGGGCCCCUGUGGAAGGCUCUGAGAAGGCCUGGGAGAGAAUGACCCGGGUGGUGGCUGGGAAAAUAGUGAACGGCUACUGCAGAGGGGACUGGCUCCUGGGGUUCUUGUACAGAAGUUCAUCUGCACAAUUGUCUGUUGCUGGGCUACAGCCAAUCAACAUCCAGGAUCGGCGUAUAAUCAAUGUGGAUCUUUCCUCCGUGGUGAACGGUCACUUGGACUACAUGCGUCAGAUGGACACCAUCUUGGUGGCAGUAGGAGUCCCCACCAAAGAAGUCCCAGGAGCCUCCUUUGUGAUUCCUCAGCCUGUAACAAUAACAAAGGGGGCAGUGGACAUCCCUGACCAAACCCCUGAUGUGCAACGAGUGACUGAGACACAAAACCAAGCUGAGGAGGCUGAGACUUGUACCGAAGAAGGCGGAGACGUGAAGAACGUGGAAGAGACAGAAGAGAUGGGUGACGGCUGGGAUAUCCCUGAUAUUUCGGACUUGCUUGACUCAUUAAAUGACCCAGAAUCGGAAAGUCAAACUGGAGUCAAAGACAAUUUAACACUAACUUCUGAGGAGAACGCCACUUGCGACGACACAGCCUCCGCUUUUAAUGCCCCGUGUGACGGUGUGGAGGAGGCUGACCCUGAUAAUGAACACAUAUCGUGGAGCUGGGACGAUACACACUGGACCAUGGAGCACACACACAAACAAAGGCAGCCAAACUUGUAAAGAGCAUCUUACAGGACAAGCUGCUUCCCUGUAAGAUCUCCUCUUCUCAAUUUUUUUUUUUUUUUUUCCCCAGCAUCAGAGCUUUGUUGGAGAAAAUAUUCAUUCCACUCUCAACACACUGACAUGCCAGAGACAGCAGUCUCCAGUGAAGAGCCCCAAAUUGUUUUACUGCUUUGUUUUACCAUGAUAUUGUAUUAAUUUAUUAACAACUCAGAAUUUUUUAAUGGAAGGUUUUUUUUUUAUUUUAUUUUAUUUUUACAAACUGUAAAUAUUGUUAUAAUUUAUUGACAGCUGUGAAAUCAGAUACCUGUAAAUACUGUGUAUUGUAGGCUGUAGAGGAUGCUGCUGGCUCGGUUGCCGUGGAUUUUAACACAGUAGUUUGAUUUCCACACGGCCAAUUCAGUGAAUGCAUCUUCCUCAAGGCCUUGCUUUUCUGAAGGGCUGCCUUCUGUGGAGUUUACAAAAAGUUAAGUUACAGUGUUUACUGGCACCCCUAACUGCAAGUCUCGACCCUGAACAUUUUGUUUUGGUUAUGCCCCACAUGGGGUUCUUCAACCAAGUUUCUUAAAUGGAAAGAAACGCGUAAUUCAAGCUAGAACAAGGGUGGAGCUUACUGAAUGUGUCCAUAGACAUUUUUUUUUAACCAUAAGGAAAUCUCUUGAGCCCGCAUCUCUUACCUCAUUGUGAGUAAAUCGUGAAUUAUGAUGA